AUGGCGGCCGUCUCGUCGAUACAAGCACUUGAUGCAUCACUGUUGGACUCGGUAUCUUCCAUCACAUCAUCCUCUGCAGAUAUCUUCCCUUUAAAUUUGUGUGGUUGUUUUGAAUCCCGCAAAAGCCAGCGGCGCAGUUCGAAGAGAGCGCGGAGGUCUCCUUCGUGGAUUCCAUGGCACUCACCUAAUUGUCCCCUUUUUUCUGCUCUUCAAGCACGUUUUAUUGAACGUGACCGAAUUCGUGGUGUCUUGGCUCGCUUUUCAAUGGAGUUAGAAUCCUACACUAAUGAGGAUUUUCAUGGUAGUGAAUCAGAGGAUUCUUAUCUCGCAUUACGUGACACUUUGGAUAAGUUAAAAGUCGAAAAACUGCAGCUGGAGUCUAGAAAUCGUUACUUAGAGAAUGAGAUCACGAAGCAGGAGGCACUAGUUUUAUUUGAGCGCACCGAACGAAUGCGUGAGAUGAGCGGUUUGAAGGCACAGGCAAAUAAACUUAAGGCUCAGCUUGACGCCCUCCAAACAUCACGUACUCUCCUGCGAUCGAAGCGGGAUUAUCACGGUCCCCCAUCAGUUGCUUCCUGCGUAGGUUCCGAUGGCACCAUCGAUGAAACUACCAGUUCAAAACAUCGAUCCAAAAAGGCUGCUCCUGCCCCUUCGUCAAAGAAUCGGGUAGCAGCUCUUUCACGUCAGUGGGAGAUGCGAUUGGCAGCAGAACGGGAACAGCAAGAUGUGAGAAUAGGCCUACGCAGCAAAACACCCAUUCCGCGCUUUCACACCGAAGUUGCUCUUGGAGAUGCUUUCGAUCGUCCACCAGCGUUUAAUCCACGGCAUCGGCGAUCCAGAUCUGUUGGCGGUGACCAUGGUGUAUGGCUGGAGCACAAGGAAAAUCGUCCAACGCCCCUGGGAACGAUUUUCUCUCCCACUAGCGUAAACGUGCGCAAAUCGGUCACACGAAUCGAGUUGGAUGAUACCCUUCAAGCUACUAACUAUGUACUGCACCAUCAGACUGCUACACCCGAGGGCAAUGUGGAAACAAGACUCUUCAAGGGCGCAAUCAUCCCGACAGCCGGCGGCGGUUCUGCAAUCGUCUUUAAUGACGUGGAAGAAUUGCGACAGGUUUCGCCUCUUGGGACUAACCUGUGA